AUCCUUUUAAAAUAAUUUUCCUAUAAAAUAGCACUAUAACUUAUGUUCCACAAUGCCGACUUUUUAGAAAGAUUUACAGAUAAAUCAAAAGGAUAACAGACUGGUCCCUAAUUUUAGUUUCCAUUAGGCAUCGACUCGCACCAAUUUCAGCAAUGCAAUUACUCAAUAUCAUCAACAGAACCCCUCAAAUCAGGAUUCAUCUACUCAUUAUGCUUACAAAUCACCAUUCAAUUUCGCGGAUACAUUUUAUCAUAAUCAGUUCCGAUGAUAAAUGGAUCAAAAUAAUCGCCGUCACCUCUUUUGUGGAAGUGAAAAAAAAAACUCCACCUGAAUAAGAAGAUUUGAGCAGAACCAACAUCCGGCAAUCGCAGCAGGAAAGUCAACGCGGUGACGGCCGAUCUGAAUAUGGCAGAUUCAACUGACGAAGAACAUCAAUGGGACACUCCAAAUGGUGUUAAUUAGAUCUGACGGGAAGAUCUCACCAACAAUGCAACGACAGAUCUGAACAAUUGCAACCGAAUUCUAUGAAAUCUUCUGACCAUACUAGAUGAAGAAAGCCGCCAAAAAAAAAAAACAAUCUGACUAGAAUACCGGAACAGAAAUAGCGGUGCCUCGGUUUGAGGACAACAACGGGAAUUACAGCGAAGAAGAACAAAACUGGAGUUUGCUUUAAGGUUUCUGGCCUUUCUUCUUUCCUUUUGAAAGAGGAAGAAAAAGGAAUUUACAAAAAUGACAAGUAUAAGCACAACAGAAGGCUGGAUUCCUGCAGUGCUAAUGGUACUGUAUAGUGUGAUAUAUGCCUUGAUGACCAUUUUGUUGAAAUUAGCAGCUCAUGAUGGGAUGGAUCUCAGAGUUGCAGCCACUUAUCGUUUUGUUUUCGGAGCUGUUCCCAAUGCUUCUUUGCUUUCUUCUUCAAGAGGUCUCACCGUGUGUAGGACAUGGGCUUUCAAUGAUGGCCAGUGGCACGUUCUUCAGAAAUCCUCGUCUGUUUAUGAUGAACAAGUUUUUCAGGCCUUGGAUUUAGUUGUCAGCGAAGCAAGGAAGUUCAAGAUCAGGUUGAUAUUGCCAUUGGUGAACAACUGGGAUGCGUAUGGAUGCAAAAAACAGUAUGUGCAAUGGGAAAUACGGGCUUCACAUUCGCAAGGUGCAGUCAGCUGGAUCAAGCUCAUCAGGUGAAAGGAAAAUUACGGGGCAUAGGUUGAAAAUGACCAAAAGCAGCAAGUCCAUGGCAAUGGCUCCAAGUUCUGGUUCGCCGGAAGGCCCUUUACAUUCAGGUGGCUCAGCAAAAGAGGCGUCGCUUACCAUUGGCGAAAGCGUCGGUGAAGAAGAGGAUUCCAAAUCAGAAAGCAUCAGCUGGAAGGGUCAUUUCCUCAAGCCAUGCUAAGGUCUCGGCAUCGUGAGACUAGAUAAAUUUUUUUAGGUAGAAGAUCACAACUAGGAUGAUUGAUCAAUCUGCUGAAAGAUUCAAUUUGUGUGUCACCCAAUUAGAUCAUAACCUAUGGGGAAAAAAGUAAAACAUAGGGAUUUGGAAAAUCUUUUUAACAUUUUCUGAUGAUUAUGAUUCAUAGACAUGUUGCUUUGCGUUAUUAUCCUUAUCAUUGCAACUAUAUUAUGAUAGGUUUUGAUAACAGACCAUUUCAGGUUGGAGUCUUAUUUAAUGAAUUCCAUAUGUUGUUGUCUUUGGUGAUAUUCUGGUUUGCAUUUUAUCCUUAAAUUUUCACAUCUGCUCUACUCAUGAGUGACCUGCAGUGAGUGCAGUCCAGGAGAAUAUCUAUGCACAUGGUGCUAUAUAUGAAAAGGUUUGUGGGGUGGCAUCUAGAAAUAGAGCCCUCCAAUUGUUUUUGGGGAAUAAAAGUUUGUACCCUUUUUUUUAAUUGUGUGCAAACAUAGAAUUACUUCAUUUGGGAAUGAGUGAUCAAUGUUGUUGGCUUAUAAACACUACUUGGCAGGGAAUAUUGGGAGGGUAUAAUUGAUGCAAGCUUGAAGUUUGCAUGAGCAGAGUGACUACAAGCACCAUGAAGUAGCCUCCAUUCUGUAUUUGGCAAUACAAUUUGAGAGUCCAAGCUUUGAUCUCAGGUUGGCCAUGUCCAAAGUCCUUCAAAUUUUUGAAAGGAAGAAGAGAUUCAGUCAACGACAAACGUAUCAACCCUUCACCUAUGAGUGAGAUGAUGACAUCAACCGAUGCGACUUCCAGUAUUUCUUAAUCUGCUGCUACUACUGCCACAUCUUUAAUCAGGACUUUUCUCAUGAAUGAUCUUCAAAACCAUAGCGCAUGAAUUUGAUGUAAAUCUAAUGCGAAAAAGUACUCUAACCUAUUAGCAUACCUACCCCUCUAAUACUUUAAUUGGCAAUUGUAAAUGUUAGCUGAGCGAGUAUUUGUCGGGCCGGAAGAAUCAUUUGUCCCUUAUGGCUUUUGUAUCAUUGUUAUUAUUAUUAUUAUUUUCUUCAUUUAACUGACUUAAAACACAAGCGUUUUUCGACAAAUUAUUAUUUUUUAAAAAUUUAGUAAUUCUUUCUUAUUUAACUUAUUUAAAAUACAAGCAUCUCGGGCAUCCGCCCGGACCAAGUAUCUAGUCAUACCUUAUAAACUGAAAUAGUUAUUUAAAAAUGUCAUCUUAUCAUGGUGGUAAAAUUUUUAAAUUUGAAAUUUUAGAUAUUCAUGAAUAAAUUAUGUAAAAUGGUUGUUUGAAAAAAAUUAUUGCUCUUUCAUUGUACUAAAAUAAUUGAAAUGGUAAUUUUUAUUUUUAUUUUUUUGCGUUU